GUUGGACACUGCCCACUCGCGUCUUCAUAUUCCUCUUCGUCUUCCUGCUGGCUCGGGCAUUGCGUGUCUCUCCCAGUCCCUGUACAUUAGCCACCACUGCCCGCAAUGGCCCCCUCGCCGUCGUCGUCGACGUCCGCCGCUGCCUCCGCCUCCUCGUCAGCCGCAUCGGGCACUAUUAGCGUCAGUGGGAACCUCAAGAUCGUAGGCAUUCUCUUGGCCAUAUCCAGUGGCCUCCUCAUCGGCUCCAGCUUCGUCUUCAAGAAGAAGGGCCUUAUCCGCUCCCAGAGGGGUCAGGUAGCAGGCGAGGGCGUAGCCUACCUCAAGUCGCCACUAUGGUGGACUGGCAUGUCCAUGAUGAUCCUCGGCGAGAUCUGUAACUUUGUCGCAUACGCGUUCGUCGAGGCCAUCGUGGUCACCCCCAUGGGCGCACUCUCCGUCGUCAUCUGUGCCAUUCUCUCCCACUUCUUCCUCGCAGAGAAGCUGAGCUUCUUCGGUUGGCUGGGCUGUGGCCUCUGUAUCGUUGGCUCUGUCGUCAUAGCGCUCAACGGGCCACAGGAAGACACUCCGGGCCAGAUAUUGGCAUUUCAGAAGAUGUUCCUCGCGCCCGGCUUCCUCGCGUAUGCCUCGACGCUCAUCGUCGCAUCCCUCGUCAUCAUAUUCGUCUUAGCUCCUCGGUAUGGGACGAAGAGCAUGCUGUGGUAUAUCAUGGUGUGUAGCAUGAUUGGCGGCAUCAGCGUCAGCGUUACGACCGGGCUCGGCGCGGCGAUCGUCACCAGUGUGCAAGGCGAUAACCAGUUCAAACACUGGUUCACAUACUUCCUCCUCGGGUUCAUCGUCGUCACUCUUGUCACCGAAGUAUUUUACCUCAACAAGGCGCUGGCGCUCUUCAAUACAGCUAUGGUCACACCGACGUACUACGUGAUAUUCACGUUCUUCUCGAUGCUCACCACGAUCGUGCUCUUCCAAGGCCUCAGCGCGCCCGCGACGCAAAUCAUCACCCUCGUGAUGGGCUUCAUCGUCAUCUGCUUCGGGAUCACGAUCCUCCAGCUCUCCAAGAUCGACCCGGCGGAGCUCAAGCUCGACCGUCGCUCGACGAUCCUCCUCCAGGCCGCGAAGAGGGACACCGAGGGCAUGGACGAGAAGAACCUCGCCUCCGUUGAGGAGCCCGGUAUGGACGCCCUCCGCGGCACGUUCGGCAUGGUCGGAAGCGUCAUCCGCGCGCGCAGCGCACACCGCAUGAGCAUGAGCAGCAAAGGCAGCAUACGCAGCCGAUACAGCAACGCGCCGCCCCUGCCUGGCGGCGGCGGCGACCCGCUCGCGGGCCUGAAGCGCCACCAGCUGUGGGACCCGCCAGUGCCGUCCCGCACGUCGAGCAUGGCAGACCUGAGCUCGACGGCGGACAAGGCGACGCUGGACGAGCGGGCUUCGGUGUUCAGCGCGAGCCGUAUGAGCGACGCGACCGCGCUGGGGAGCCCGGUGCCCCGCGAGCGGAAGCAGACGAUCAAGUUUGACAGCCAGGACGUCGUGCACUCGUAUCACGUACCCGGCACAGGCGACAAUUCGGCGAUACAUGAGCGGCGCGGGGCGUCGCACCACAAUUCGAUGAGCCCGCCUCCCAAAUCCGUGAGUGGUCACCGAGGCUGAAGCAGGGUCGCUGAUGACUGAACUUACUGCGUCUCAAAGGAUUCGUUCAAGGAGGCGGACGCACAGGUCGUUACGCUACCCGUGAG